UUUACUUUCUAAAAUUUUCAUGAUUAACUGCCAAACAUUUAACUAAGAUAUUUUUGAGUUUUCUUUAUCCUACUGUUUCUAGAAAAAAAGGAUUUUGGCGACUAAUGUACAAAUUCUCACUACCUAUCAUUAAUAUUGUUACACUGACAAAAUUAUAUUGAAGUACUUAACAUUUUAUAAUGUGAAAACAUUGACACUCUCGGUGGAAUAUGACUACGUAAUGAGAUUUCUGUUUUUAAUUGUGAUUAUUAUGAUGGUUGCUAUUCAAAGUAACAAACUAUCUGAUCCGAACUGUCGAUGUUACAUAUUUAACAGUGGGAUGCAUAAAUCUGGUACAUUUAAAACACCAUUUUAUCCAAAAAAGUAUCCAUAUGAAUUGGAUUGUUUAAUGUAUCGUUUUCAAGGACUACCGACAGAACUGGUCAAGCUUACAUUUUGGAGUUUCAGUUUAAGAAAGCCUAUUGAUAAAAAGUGUAUUGACUAUGUAGACAUGUUUACUACAAUUGAUCCAGAUAUACUGGCAUCAACAGAGCCCAAGUCAACUUUAUCGUCUUUCACUCAUACACUUACUAAACAUGAACAAAUACCACGAAAUGGGUCUACAAAUCACUACCGUCCAGCUGAUUAUAGACUUUGUGGAGAUUUGGAAGAUUUCCCACAGAAUGAUUUUUAUUCAAUCAGCUCUAUUUUAAUACUAAUAUUUCAUACAGCCUCUAGGACAUCUGAUGUACGACAUGGUCAACCAAUGGGAUUUAUCGGUCAGUUUUCCUUUAAUCUAAAAAGUAAUUAUCUUUCAGACGGAAAACUUAAAGAAAAUACAAAAUGUAAUUAUGAAUUUCAAAGUGUGGAUACGGCAAAUGGUACCCUUAAAUACGGAAAUUUUUUCUCUCCUCAAUAUCCAAGUAAUUAUCCACCGAAAAUAACAUGUCAGUACAAUUUCAAAGCAGAAAAACACGAACGUGUAAUUCUAACAUUUCGUUCUAUUCGACUGAAACCUACUGCACGUGAUGAUCUUACCGGUAAUGUUGAAAGAUGUGGCACAUGGAAUCACCUCCCUUUUCAGCAUGAUUUCAUUACUGUUUCUGAAGACUAUGAGGAAACCACAAAGACUCUGGCACGAAUCUGCAGUAAUCUGAUGAAUAUUCAAUUAGUUUCGCACACCUCAAAUUUGAAAAUGGAUUUCAUCAGUCAUAACCCUAUAUACCAAGGUCAAGGAUUUCGAGGGACGUACGAAUUUGUUCAUGAAUCUCGAGUGAAUCCUUCACCAUUCUUAAGUGAAGGAGAAGAAGAUGGACAAGUUGACUCCAGUAAGAAUGAAGAAGAAAGUCAAGAGUUAUCACAAACAAAUACCAACAAGUCUAGAUUAUUGGUUGCUGAUGCUGGUUUCUCUUCAUCAAGAAAUAUGCAUUUUCGUGAAGUUGACGAUUUAAUACAUUCUGACCUAAUGGAUGCUCAGUAUAGUAGUCAGUCUAAUUCCGAUAUGGAUUCAAAAUAUGUACAAAGAAAACUGAUCUUAUCUUCAGGUCCUUCAAAUCAUACCCAAGGAUUUAUUCUUUCUCCUAACUUCCCUCAACCUUAUCCACCGUCCACAACAAUAGUGUACACUUUCAUAGGUCAACCGACAGAAAAAGUGAUGGUUAAAUUUUUGUAUAUGCGACUUGGAAAUUCUAACAGUUGUGAAAACACUUCAAUGGGUGAUCGUGUCCAGUUGUUUGAUGGCAUGAAUAUGGAAGAUCCGUUAAUUAUUGAAUAUUGUGAAAACAAGGUGGUAUUUCGUAAUAGACCUGAAAUGCAUAUAACCACUGAAUCAGAGUAUUUUCGUUCAUCUGGAUAUAUAAUGACAUUACGAUUUAAAAGUGAUGGAAUGACUGGACCUGAUGAACUGGGAUUUAAACUGUAUUAUAAUUUUGAACAAGUUCAACAUGAGAUCAGGUAUAAUAAAGCAUCUAGUACAUCCUUGAACCAACAGAUUGGUGAAGGUAUAAGGAAAAAACCAUACAGUGGCUCAAAUGCUGUUCAUACCUUCUGGACCGGUGUCAUCUUACCGGUAAUAGUGCUAACAACAACAACAACAGUGAUCUUAAUAAACUAUCAAAGAUGAUUUAAUCAACUAUUUAAGUUAUUCAACUCAUUCUACUUCAAAUUGCCUCAAUACAUCUAUUUAAGUUGUCCAUUGUACAAUAUACUCAAAAGAAAAGUGAACUAAAGAAGCAGAAUCCGCCAUAUUUUUGAUUAAUUACAUUGACAACAAUAAGAACAAUCGUAAUAGCUGUCGUUCAUAUGAAUGAACCUUAAGCUUUACAUUUGUUUGAUUCCAUCUUUCAUUGUCUCUUAACUAUUGUUCAGCGCUUGGAUGAAAUCUCCGUAUUUUCUGAGUUAAAGUCAUUCCAUAUAUAUGUAUUCUUAAUUGUAUAUAUUUAUAAAAUCUAGUGUAUUACAGUAGAUAUUACCAACCAAGUUUUUCUAACUUAAUGAAUUCAUACUUGAACAGAUGUGUAAAUAAUUUGCAUAUUUUGUGGUUUUUCCUUUAAUUAGAAUGAUGAAGUUUUUUUUUUGUUUUUUCAAUAUACUUUACAAAAGAGAUGCUAGAAAUACAUAUCAAAGAAUUUAC